AUGAUCAUUAAUAAACUACUACUUAUAUUAAUUAUAUCGCCAUUCGUGGCGGCGCUCACCGGCAAAGAGUUGUUGGACUUUGCGGUCAAACAGUACACCAAAGCCGUACACGAGAUCAAGACGGGUGUGCGCUGUCCGUCCAUCGGUAAGCCUACGGCCACGGCGUGGGACACACUUCCGGUGGUGACCAGCGAUUUUCGGGUCGGUUUCUAUCCGGGAAUUCUCUGGUAUUUAUACGAGUAUACAAACGAUAAGACGUGGAAAGAGUUGGCCAUUACGGCCACCGAAGCCGAGGCCGACAUUCAGUACAUUAACCGCACACACGAUAUCGGCUUCGAUAUCAUGGGUUCGUUUGGUAACGGCUAUCGGCUCACAAAGAAUGAGAAAUAUAGUAAAGUGAUUGUCACCGCAGCCAACACUCUGGCCACAAGAUUUAAUCCUAAGGUCGGUUGCACGCGCUCGUGGAACAGCAAAAAACCGGAUCAAUUCAUUGUGAUCGCCGACAAUAUGAUGAAUCUGGAGCUACUGUUUGAGGGCUCGCGACUGUCCGGCAACCAAACCCUAUACGAUAUGGCGGUCUCGCACACCAACGUUACCAUCAGAGAGCACUUACGGGCCGACUAUAGCCACUAUCAGGUGGUGAUGUUUAACGAGACCAGUGGGCAAGUGAUGAAGAAGUAUACGGUCGACGGUUACGCCGACCACUCGUGUUGGUCUCAGGCGCAGGGAUGGCUGGUGUCCGGCCUGACCACCGCCUACCGGUACACACGCGCUGAGCAUAUAUUACGCGCGGCCGAAGGGGUGGCCAAGUAUUUCAUCGACAAAUCACCGGCCGAUGGCAUACCGUAUUGGGAUUAUGACGUUCCGCACGACUCUAACCACACGUAUAUACCGCGCGACUCGUCCGCCGCGGCCACCGCCGCCUCCGGUCUCAUCGAGUUGUAUGAGUUCACCAAAAAUGACAAGUAUUUGAUUGGAUUCAAGAGGAUUAUAGAGUCGUUGAGUGGCGACCGAUAUCGGGCGGACGCCAAACCCGAGUACAAAAUACCGGCCCUUUUCCUAAACGGCACCACAAGUUUCAAAAAGUCUAUUUACGACACGGCUAUGAUUUUUGGCGAUUACUAUUACGUUAAGUCAUUUAAGUAUUAUUUGAAUUUGUAA